UAGACCGUAGAGUAGUCGUGGAAGAGGAGAGACUGUGGCAAUGGCAAUCAAACCAAUUAGAAAUUCCAAAAACAAGAACCCACCGUUCUUUAGCCAUGAAUUUGUCAUUCAAAAUCAUGCGGACAUCAUCAGCUGCGUCGCGAUGGUCUUCGUUGUGGGCUUAAUGCUCCAGGCAACCAGUUCGCUCGCCAGUGUCUUCAUUGCGUUGCAUCACAAUGUAACGGGACAGGAUCCGACACCCGAAAAUCCAAGAGGUGAAGUAUUCUUUUACGAGUCUGGAUGGAAGGAUUACUGUGCCGUCUUCUUCUAUACCCUCAUUUGUAUCAUCAUGCAUGCCAUUUUGCAAGAAUAUGUCCUGGAUAAAAUCUCCAAAAAAUUGCACUUGUCUAAAUUCAAGUUGUCCCGUUUCAACGAAUCCGGUCAAUUAGUUGUCUUUUACGCCAUGUCCUUCUUGUGGGGCUUGGAUAUCAUCUUCCGCGAAAAGUAUCUUGGCAACUUUAGCAAAUUGUGGGACGAUUUCCCGAACCAUCCGAUGUCCUUCGUGCACAAACUCUUCUUCAUCAUCCAAUUGUCCUACUACUUGCACAUGUUGCCCGAGCUGUAUUUCCAAAAAAUCAAGAAGGAAGAGCAACAACCCAAAAUCAUCCACUCCAUUGUCGGUUUCUCCAUCAUCGCUGUCGGUUACUUGCUCGGAUUCCAACGUGUCAGUGUCGUGUUGCUCAGCUUGCACUACUUUAGUGAAUUUGUGUCGCACACCUUCCUGCUCGUCGACAUCUUCGAUCGCGAAGAAAAACUCUCCAAAUUGCGCUUCCUCAACAACUUUUUGUUCGUAGCUGUGCGUUUUGGCACCAUGGUUCUCGCAUUCCUCGUUUUGUUCUACGGCAUCGGAAAUACCGAACAUGCGUCGCGUGGGCUUCUUGCACUCGUUGUCGUCUUCGGACUCCAAGGGUACUUAAUCUACCACUUUUUGACGGUCUUGCUCAAGACAAAACGCGAAAUUAUGGCUGAACUUGCGCCAUCCAAGAAGCUCAAGAGUCCCGCCAAGACCGAAAAAGUCAAGAAGGAACGCAAACAAAAGGAAUCCGAUCUUCCCGAAGCCGAUCAAGUGCACAACACAAAGAAAGUCAAGUCAAAGUAAAAAUUUAUUUGUUAAAAUUGACGCUCAAAUUUAUGAAACUGGAACUGAAACAAAGCACAAACUUUUUCAAUGCAUUUAAUUUUUUGUACCAAUCACACACACAAUCACUUAUUUUGUAAAAUAUUGCUAGACAGUCGAGUACUUCAGAUAGUUAGAGAAGCAUUUUUCAACUUAAUGAUAAAAAGUAUACAAUUCCAUUAGAUUCUGAUCAAAAUAGUGUAUAAACUUACUUAGUAGAAAAAAAGAGAGAGAAAAAAUAUAUUUUUUGAUAUAAAGAACAUUAUUACAAUUACAAACUUUCAUAAAUUUGAACAAAUUUUUUUUUUAUAAAAAUCUUUUAUGUUACAAAAAUGUUAUUUGACAAUUUUUAUUAGAAAAAAUUAUUUUAUUUACAAAAGAAAUGAAAAAAACUGAAUCAUUUGAUGGUUUGAGAAAAAAGUUAGUAGAAAAAAAACAGGAAAAU